UAAAAUAUGUAAUAAAAUAAAACAUUGCCCAUUUGAUUCCAAUUCUUUAUUCAGCGUUCAGUCUAGUUUAUGUUAUGACACUAUUUAUCUAAGGGCCAGAACUCCACCUUCCCCUUCCCCAGGCAAAAUCAAACGAAAGCAUCAUUUCUAAUCACCCAUUUCAGCCUAAAAAAAUUUAUUUUCUUGGUGUUUUAGAUUUUGGUUCUGUUCUGAUAAAACAUGGCUUCAAUAUUGAGCUCACAAGGGGUGGUGUUAGCCACAGCUAUGGCAGUCUCCGGCACUGUAAUUCUCCUUGCUUUUCGCCUUCAGAAAUCUUUCCCUCUUCCACUUGAUCAAAUACCCCAGACUUCUCAACAAGUCCUCCGCUCCUGCAUAUCUUCUGGGGGGAAGAAGAGGGAAAAGAAAAAGAAGAAAGUGCACUUUGCGGAAGAUGUGAUGGAUCCGAGAGGGGAUGGAGAAGAGUUCAGGAGACAGGUGAAGAAUCCUGUUAGAAUUGGUAGCAACAAUUCUCCAGCAGCUUUAAACUCAGCACCAAAGCUCAAGAAAAUUGGUGGAGGUAAAGAUAGAGGAAUGCCUGCUAAUAGAAUUGCUCUUUACAAUGGAAUUCUAAGGGAUCGUGUUGUUCAACGAUUGGCUUACUCUUACUGAUCAGGAAAAAAAAAAAAAAAGAAACUGAUUUUGAUUUUUGUUCUUGUACUACCAAAAUUGUGCCUAUUUCUCACACAGUUUGUCUGUAGUUUGUAAUUUUGUAAAUAGUAUAGUAUUUUUUUUCGUUUCAAUCUUUGUUUUUGUAAAAUGUUUUAAUGAUGGUACUUGCUAGUCUAAUUUUUUUUUCUAUCUAGUCUUUUUUUUUCUCUUAUUUUUAGU